AAAAAGCACACUGAGCAGGAUCAUUUAAAACAUUUUUAAAAUAUAUAUGUGUAUUAGUAGUGCAUUAAAUGUUUGUGUAUUUUGUUUUUCUGGGAAGAUCUGAAGCUGAUUUUAUUUAAAACAUAUUUUAUUAAUCAGCUGAAGAGCCAGCAGAGAGAGGAGUAGAGCUGCAGCAGCAGCUGAUGGUUCCUGUCUGGAUGUCAUGAACACCAUGAGACUGUCAUAGCAACAACCUUCAGUCAGAGGCCUCUGAAAGAUGCUGGACGGACUGCUACUGGAGAACCCACAGCUCUGAGAUUCUCUUUGGAAUAAACAGAAUUUUUUUCAAAUGAACUGAAUAAUUUAUGUCAGAUUAAAAGUGAUACAAAAUCUGGAGAUUAAUUCCUAAUAAUCUGGUUCUGGUUCUGAUUCUGCUGGAGGAUUGUUGUGGAGCGAGUUUAUGUUGGAGCGGCUCUUUAGUUGGACUAUUUUGGUUUAUUGAAAUGAUCAGUUCGGUAUGUUCACCCUCUGGUUCUGACCCGGUUCUGAGGGUCUUCCAGAGCCGACCUAGACCGUCCAGCUCGGACUCGGAGCUGCAGCGCAUGCGCCGUGUGGGUCAGGCUGUGGGCAGUUUGGCGCGCUGCCUGCGUGCCUCCGCAGAGUGUGCGUGCUGGCGCAAAGCGCGGCCUCCUGCGCUCGUCCUCAGCCGCCGCAACACAAACAACAACAAUAAACAACAACAGGCGUCCUGCCGACCGGACGGCCCGGCACGCGGCCGCGGACACACCCACAGGACUCGGCCACGAUGACGGAGACGGUGAAGUACGUGGACGAUGAACACAAGAGCAUCUUCCUGAAGCUGCUGAACGAGCAGCGGCUGGAGGGCGAGCACUGCGACAUCGCCGUGGUGGUCGAAGACGUCAAGUUCCGCGCUCACCGCUGCGUCCUGGCCGCCUGCUCCAACUACUUCAAGAAGCUCUUCAAGAAGCACGAGGUGGACAACUCGUCCGUCAUCGAGAUCGACUUCAUCCGCUCCGACAUCUUUGAGGAGGUCCUGAACUACAUGUACACGGCCAAGAUCUCCGUCAAGAAGAAGGACGUCAACCUGAUGAUGUCAUCGGGACAGAUCCUCGGCAUCCGCUUCCUGGACAAGCUCUGCUCCCAGAAGCGUGACGUGUCGUCAGACGACAAGGAGAAGUUCCCGUAUGACAUCGUAAAGAUGGCGCUGCCCCCUGAAGCCCAGCUGGCUGCAGACUCUGAGGAGCUGGGCGAGCACGAUGACGCGCCGGGCGCAGACGACCUGGUGGAGGCAUCCACCAAUCAGGAGCUGGACAAGUCUCCCAACGCUGCGCUGCACGUGCAGGAAGCCAUCUUGAAGGAGCUGACCAAUGAGGAUGUUCACAAGGUGUCCUGCUACGACCAGGACGUGGUGACGGAGAUGGAGGCGGAGCCUAAGGAGCUUGGGGCGGAGCAUCACGCCACCCAGACGCUGACCUUCACGGACAGCAUAGGCGAGGUGAAGGACGAGGCGGCGCCCGGCUGGUCGGCCGCCGCCGCCGACAUGAAGUUCGAGUACCUGCUGUACGGACACCGCGAGCAGCUGGCCUGCCAGGUGUGUGGGAAGACCUUCCUGGACGAGAGCAGACUCAGGAAACACGAGAAGCUGCACUCGGCAGAGCGGCCGUUCGCCUGUGAGAUCUGCUCCAAGGCCUUCACCACACACGCUCACCUGAAAGAACACCUGAAGAUCCACACGGGCUUCAAGCCCUACAGGUGUGACGUUUGUGGGAAGUCGUUCAUUCGAGCUCCGGACCUGAAGAAACAUGAGCGAGUCCACAGCAACGAGAGGCCCUUCGCCUGCCAGAUGUGUGACAAGGCCUUUAAACACAAGUCUCACCUGAAGGACCACGAGAGGAGACACCGAGGAGAGAAACCUUUUGUCUGUCCGUCCUGCACCAAGGCCUUCGCCAAGGCGUCGGACCUGAAGCGCCAUGAGAACAACAUGCACAGCGAGAGGAAGCAGCUGAACCCGCUACAGAGCGACACGGAGACGCUGCAGGCCGCCGCCAUGGCUGCCGAGGAGCAGCACCUGGAGAACAUCAGCUGCUCCUAACACCUGGAGGACAGCUCCCACUCUGACCUGACCUCCCUGCCCUGAGGUGACCCCCGACCUCAGCCCACUGGAACUCUGACCCUGUGGAUUUUAUGAAGCGGUUCUGCUCAGUUUCAUGAGCGGAGCUGCCAUGUUGUGCAGAACUCGUGUGAUGAUGUCAUCAGAUAGACGAUGGGAUGAAAUCAUGAAAUAAAAUGUUUUUCUAA